UUUAACAGUAUCUCGUUAAUGGUGAAUAUCAAGCAUUAAUUUUGAUCGCGUGAUUUAUUUUGACGCUGAAAAUGUGCGUCGAGCGUCAGCAUGAAAAGGCACCUUUAAAUUUCGCCUUAUAGGGCCAAAUUUAUUAGAGAAACUGUAUUGUUGUAUGUAUGUACACAAUCAUAGCCACCAUAGUACUAACAGUGUCAAUGAGCUGAGCAACAGUGGUCAGUGAGUUGUUGGGUGAGAUGUCGGUGUAUCCGCGACACUUUGAAAUGUCAAAUUCGGCGAAAAUUUACGAGGAGUAGGAAGAUGCUAUGGCAGCUUCGGUUGUAUCACGCAACGAUGAGGAAGAGUUGAAUGGGGAAACGGAGUCAGAGGCCAGUAGUAUAUAUCAAGGCUCGGUAAUCUCUACCGUACCUGAUCGCCAUGGAUUUCUAGGCGGUUCACAAUACAGUCCAGAAAGGAAACAAUCUAUACCACCUGAUGUGAUAUUGCGGAGGGAGAGAAAAUGGAUACAGAUGCUGAACAAUUGGAGUCUUUUUAUGACCACAAAUUACCAUAAAGUUCGCAAGAGAUGCCGUAAGGGUAUACCACCUUCUGUGAGACUACGCGCCUGGCUAAACUUAUGUGGUGGUCAGCUUUUAAUGAACGAGAAUCCAAAUUUAUAUGAAGAAUUAAUAAAACGGCCCGGUGAUCCCAAAUACAUAGAGGACAUCAAGAAGGAUCUCCAUCGUCAGUUUCCACAUCAUGAAAUGUUUGUCGAGAAUGCACCUGGACAGCAGGAACUGUUCCAAGUUCUGAAGGCAUACUCCAUUCUGAACAGCAAAGUGGGCUACUGCCAAGCUCAAGCGCCUAUUGCUGCAUUUUUGCUGAUGCAUAUGCCGGCAGUGCAAGCAUUUUGGUGCCUCGUUGCGAUAUGCGACAAAUAUCUCAUCGGCUAUUACAGUCAAGGCAUGGAAACGUUGCUGCGCGAUGGAGAUAUUCUCUUCGCUCUUUUGAAGAGAGUCUCGCCCAUUGCGUAUAAGCACUUAAAAAAACAAAAAAUGGAACCAAUCUUAUACAUGACGGAAUGGUUUUUAUGCGUGUACACGCGAACAUUGCCAUGGGAAAGUAUUUUGCGUAUAUGGGAUAUGUUCCUUUGCGAGGGCGUAAAAGUGAUCUUCAAAGUAGGUCUGAUACUACUGAAAGGUAGUCUAGGUCGCACUUCUCUUAUCAAAUGUUGUCCAACGACAUACGAAACCCUCCAAGUGCUGAGAAACCCACCCCAACAUAUCAUGGAGGAAGAGGUCUUGGUUUAUCAGAUUCAGAGGUUGAAUUUGAGCGAAGAGGAUUUUGAAUAUGAGCAUCAGAGGCAAAUGUUGAAAAGAAAAGCGGCGGAGAAGGAAACUGCCAAUCGAACUGACUGAUGAUUAAGUAGUUAGAUGAAGAUAUGGGACGAAAUAUGACAACAUUUUAACGUGUAGCAUCCCAACGUGUGCCUUCCUUUCUGUUCUUCUGAUACUGUAUAGAUUUCGUAAUUUGUUAGAAUUUUUUCGUAUUGUAAAAUCGAUGGAUAUGAUAAAAAAUGGAUAGGUACAUAUAUUCUCAAAAUAGAAAGUUCCAUAUACUUUGUGCACACAUACGUAUACAUAUCCAUAUUCUCUGAGCAGCUGGAGUGCAUUAUUUACAUCUAUUUCCUUCGUUAUUAAUCUUCAUUAUCAGUACGUAGUCUAUUAAAAAAAAGAGCACAAUACAUUUG